GAUUGGUAGUAUUUUUAAAAUAAUACCUUUUUAUUAUACUAGUAGUAUAUUUUACUUCCUUUUCUGUAAAUAAUUGCCCAUCAAACUAGGUAAUCUCUCAUAUUCUAAUCUUGGAAAAUUCCCCUCCCCGCUCCUCUCCUUUUUUCUUUCCCACGCUAGAGUGCACUGCACUUGUCCUCCAGCUGCUGCAGAAGCUACCGGCACCUAGCGAUAUUAUGAGUAGUGGCACACAGGCUACUUUUUUAAGUUGUAUGUCGUCUCUCAUGGUCAGUGACAGGGAAGGGUUCAACUCAACUGUUUUUAAGUAAGCCUACAAUGCAGAUGUUAGCACUUGCCACUCCAAAGGUCGGUGCACGGCCCUGGUCACUGGAGUCAAUGAUGGGGUGGUCUAUAGUUUAGUUUUAUCACCUAACUAGCCCCUCCUCUACCAAGCUAACCUCCACCCUAGAUACCACCACCAGGUUUUAAGCAGCUUCGCAUCUACCUCUAGAGCCAUUCUGUAGCUAGCUGAGAAGAGAGCACAGGAGGAGUUGUCUCUGACAUUUUUUCCUGAAAUCUUCUGAAUUUUUCUCAGUGGGGGAGGUACUGUAGAGAGGUAACUGAAGUCUACCAUAUCUCAUUUUUCGUGGAAACCAACAAGACAUUUUUUCCUCCCUCAACGUUGAAGAAACCGUACAACUAGCAACAUGUGUACAGGAAAGUGCUCUAAGGUCAUUGCGAUCUCGCUCUACGUCCUGGCCGGGGUCUCAAUCAUCUGUAACAUCAUUGCGUUCUUCCCCGACUGGUCGACGAUGUACGCCAAGUUGGACAGAGAAGAAAAUGGAGCCCGGAUCACCGACGAGGUCAAAUACAUGGGAGGUGUCAUCGGCGGAGGAAUCAUGUGCCUUAUUCCAGCAGUCCAUAUCCACCUGACUAGCAGCAAUGGUUGCUGUGCCAACCGCUGUGGGAUGUUCCUGUCCAUUGGGUUUGCUGCUGCUGGGGUUGUUGGAGCACUGUACAGUCUGGCUACAUCUGCCCUGGGCCUGUCCAAUGGACCUGUCUGCCUCUUUACGGAAACACCAACAUCUGUUCCAGGGUGGGGGAGACCUUUCUUGAACAACAACGGGAGUUACCUGGGCGACAGUGACCUGUGGACAAAGUGUAUAGAGCCCGAAGGUGUUGUGGAGUUUAACCUUGGGUUGUUUGCCACACUGUUGGUGGUGGCAAGUCUGGAGCUGGUGCUGUGUGGAAUACAGAUUGUCAACGGACUGUUCGGAUGCAUCUGUGGCACCUGUGGCAGCAGGGAGUAGGAAGCGUGAUGAUCCAUGAUGACCAUCGACUGUGACCAUUUUUCAACCACGACCACUUGACCACUUGAGGAACACAAAGAAGAACUGACCACAACCCAUCUGUGCCCAUUUGUCAAGAGGAAUGAAUGGUUAUUGAAGAAAGGUUGACGUAUUCACUGUCUCUUCUCUAUGGCCUACAAAGGGUAUUUAUAAUAGACUUAUAAUGGCUUAGUGUAUUAGGCUGUUCAAAACACAUCAGUGACUGUAAUAAUCAGUAGUUAUGUUCAUUGAUAUGACAUUCUGUAAAUCUUAUGUUUCUCAUGUUUCAAUAUAAUUCUAUGCAUAUUUUAUGUUAUAUUUUGCAAUAAAUGCUGGGUGAAAAAAACAAAUUAUGUUUAUUAUUUAUCUCCUUUUUGACGUUUAUUUUUUUUGUUGA